CAUGUUGGGCACUCGGCCACAUGCAAUGAGGCGCUAUGUCUAGUUGCUAGAUUAUUUUCCGCUCAACAAUCGAAUUCUAAAGCCCUGAUGGCGACGUUCUCCCUUACCCUUUUGUGGGGAUCCUUUCUCUUUUUCUUCCUGUAUUUUACUAGGAACUGUAUUGCUCAACCCAAUGUUGCAGGCAAUUGCACUGCAGCUACGUUUAAUUCGGUGCUGCCAUCGAAUGCUGUCAUCGAGAGAAUCGAUUCUGUCGCUGACGGUGGCGCUUAUGGUGAAGGGGCAAAAGAUCUCGGAUAUCCAAACAACGUCACCGGCUUACCAGAGCUUUGCGCUAUUAUCAUUAACGUGACUUCAUCAGCCACCUCUAAUUAUCGCUUUGGAAUUUUUCUUCCAGUCACUGACAACUGGAAUGGCAGAAUUCUGACUGUUGGCAAUGGUGGCUUCCUAGGAGGCAUCAACUGGCGCGAUAUGGGGCCGGGGCCGCAUUACGGAUUCGCCACGCUCUCCACUGACACCGGGCAUGUGUCAGGAAACGGUGACUUAACUUGGGGCUAUAGUAGACCCGAGACAGUUACGGACUGGGGAUGGCGAGCUGUCCAUGGCAGUGUCGUCAUCGGUAAAAUCCUAGUCGAGGCUUUCUACCAACAAGCCAUUGACUAUUCGUACUACAGCGGCUGCUCAACCGGAGGUAGACAAGGGCUGAAAGAGAUCCAGCUCAACCCUUACGCAUUUGAUGGAGCACUGAUCGGUGCACCUGCUUGGGAUCCAGCCGCUCUCAUGCCUUGGAUUACUCGGCUUGCGUCAUACAAUCUGCCUGUCACCGACCCGGGCGCCUUCACUACCAUUGCCCAGUUUCAGCUGGUAGCUUCGACGGUUAGAGCUCAAUGCGAUGCAGAUGAUGGGCUCCAAGACAAUAUCAUCAGUUCCCCCGAGAUUUGCGAGCCAGAUCUAUCAGUGAUACAAUGCGGGAUCACAGGAGUGGACGCGUCGAACUGCAUUACAUCUGAACAAAUCGAGACAGUAAAAGACGUCUGGACGGAUUAUUACACGUCCGAAGGUGAUUUCGUGUACCCUGGGCUGGAGCAUAGCUCAGAGGCACAGUGGGAUAUAUGGCAGUUAUAUGGCAAUCCGGCGAAAUUUGAUCAGGACUGGGAGAGAUACUUUCUCUACAACGAUCCUUCGUGGGGCAUAAAUCAGUUCAAUGACACCGUUUACUACGACGCCAGGCGUCUCAACCCUGGGAAUGCUACAGCAGAUGACUUUGACAUCUCCGGUUACCGUGACCGCGGCGGCAAAAUCAUUCUAUAUCAUGGCACUUCUGACGGCUAUAUUCCAACAAGGUCAUCAAUUGAUUUCUACAACAGUACACAGGAAGCUGUAAGGGGUGACAUCGAUGAAUUUUUCAAGCUCUUUCUUAUUCCUGGCAUGCAACAUUGUUGGUUAAGUCCUGCUGGCGUGAACGCGCCUUGGAUGAUCGGUGGUGGCGGACAGCAGAAUGCCCUUGGAACAUUCACUACCGGAUACUCGGUUCCUAACAACAUAAACCGUCAGCAUGAUGCGAUGCUAGCCCUAAUGGGCUGGGUUGAGGAUGAUACGCCAGUGGAGUCGAUCAUCGCGAGUGCUUUCAAUAUCAGUAGCGGUACUCUUCAAAUCUCGAGGCAAAGGCCGCUAUGCCCCUAUCCACAGAAGGCUACCUAUGAUGCAACAGGAGAUUCUAACGCAGCUAGUAGCUGGUAUUGCGCGUAGGAUAUUUCCGUAGCUACUAGCUUUUGGCAGAGACACGUCUUGAGCACUAGAUAGAUUGAAAAGUCUCAUGACAUUAUUUAUGAAA